AUGAAUAAAUUAAAACAAGAAUAUUAAACAAAGGAUGAUUCAAAGAAUAACAAGACAACUAAUAAUCAAAUCAAUAUAUGUGUUGAGAAAUAAUUAUCUAAAAUUUAUCAACAAAAAGAUAAUAUCAUGUUGUGUAUUUCAUGUUAAUAAGAUAUUACUAAAUAGAACAUAUAUAAUCAUUUAUUUGAACCAUUACAUAUUCUCAAACUCUAAGAAUACUUUAUCUAAUAAAUCAAUAAUAAUGUUUAUAAUAAAAGAGAUAAAAUCUAAAAGAAAUUUGAUAAUAAAAAUAAGUCCUUAUAAACUUAAUAUAUUAAAAAUGAAUAAAUUGGAAAAGAAGAUAAAAAAAAUUAAACAAUAGAGAUUCCAUUAAUAGAUUAAGACUUAAAUUAAAAUAUGAAUAAAAAUUAAAUUGAAAAAUUUGUAGACCUUUUAUAAUAUGAUUUGAAAAUUAUUGGUAAAAUUUAAUUAUCACUUAUUGUAUCAAUAUUAGUUAAAACAUAUUGCACAAUAAAUGAAAUAAUAGAUAUGAAGUUUAAGUAAAUCUUAGAUAAAUAUACAUUUUAUUAUUUUAAUAUAAAUAAUUCUUGGGAAAAGAGUUAUUUAAUUCUAAAAUAAAGAUUUCCUGAUUAUAUAUAGGAUUAUAUAAGUAAGAAUACAGGAUCCAAUAAACCUAUAAUUAAAUUAUUAGGAUAAAAUAAGAGAUAAACUUUAAGUAAAGAAUUAUGGAUUAGUUGCAAUAAAAUAUAAUCUUUAACAAAUGAUACAGAAUAUAUUAGUUUUUUAUAAGGUUUAAGUUUAAAGAAACUCAAAAAAAUAUCAUUAGAAAGGAUGGUCAAAAAGAAUAUAAUAUAAAUAUAAGAUGAAUAGAUUACCAAAGAAAUAACUAAAAAUAAUUAAGGAUAAAAAAAAGAUCAAGAGAUUCAGAAAGUAGAAUAAAUUAGAAAUUCAGAAAAAAAACAAAUAAUAAAAAUAAUAAUUAAAUAAAAAUUAUUUGAAAAUUAGAAAUAAGAAUUAGUAGAUUGA